GGAGGUGGUGGAGGUGGAAGCAGAGCAAGAGGCGGCCGCGGCGGGGCGGCUCAGCGGCGCGGCCCAGGAGCGUUGGAAUCCUGAAUUGAGACGGCUGCGCCUGAAGACAGCAGGAGUGGCGGGGCCGCCGCCGUCACCGGACAGAUGAGCCGGGAAGCCUGAGGCCGGCGACGCCCGCCCUCGGGCCCGUCAGUCCGGCUUCACCGCUCCCGGCUACUGAAAGAUGAAAGAGACUAUACAAGGAACGAGGCCUUGGGGGCCUGACCCUUCAGGACCUGGCAUAGCCCCAGCUUACUCAAGCCCUAGGCGGGAGCGUCUUCGUUGGCCCCCUCCCCCCAAACCCCGACUCAAAUCAGGUGGAGGGUUUGGGCCAGAUCCUGGGUCAGGGACCACAGUGCCAUCCAGACGCCUCCCUGUCCCUCGGCCUUCUUUUGAUGCCUCAGCUAGUGAAGAGGAGGAAGAGGAGGAGGAUGAAGAUGAGGAAGAGGAAGUGGCAGCUUGGAGGCUGCCCCCGAGAUGGGGUCAGCUGGGAACCACCCAGCGGCCUCGCCCUCCUCGCUCUACCCAUCGAAAAACCUGCUCACAGCGCCGCCGCAGAGCUAUGAGAGCCUUCCGGAUGCUGCUCUACUCAAAAAGCACCUCGCUGACAUUCCACUGGAAGCUUUGGGGGCGCCACCGGGGUCGGCGGAGGAGCCUUGCACACCCCAAGAACCAUCUUUCACCCCAAGAAGGGGGUGCGACACCACAGGUGCCAUCCCCCUGCUGUCGUUUUGACUCCCCCCGGGGGCCACCCCCCCCUCGGCUGGGUCUGCUGGGUGCUCUCAUGGCUGAGGAUGGGGUGAGAGGGUCUUCACCAGUGCCCUCUGGGCCCCCUAUGGAGGAAGAUGGAUUAAGGUGGACUCCAAAGUCUCCUCUGGACCCUGACUCGGGCCUCCUCUCUUGUACUCUGCCCAAUGGCUUUGGGGGACCACCUGGGCCAGAAGGGGAGCGAAGUCUGGCACCCCCUGAUGCCAGCAUCCUCAUCAGCAACGUGUGCAGCAUCGGGGACCAUGUGGCCCAGGAGCUUUUUCAGGGCUCAGAUUUGGGCACUACAGAAGAGGCAGAGCGGCCUGGGGAGAAAACUGGCCAGCACAGCCCCCUGCGGGAAGAGCAUGUGACCUGCGUGCAGAGCAUCUUAGAUGAAUUCCUUCAAACUUACGGCAGCCUCAUCCCUCUCAGCGCUGAUGAGGUAGUAGAGAAAUUGGAGGACAUUUUCCAGCAGGAGUUUUCUACGCCUUCCAGGAAGGGCCUGGUGCUACAGCUGAUCCAGUCAUACCAGCGGAUGCCAGGCAAUGCCAUGGUGAGGGGCUUCCGAGUGGCCUAUAAGCGGCAUGUGCUGACCAUGGACGACUUGGGGACCUUGUAUGGACAGAACUGGCUCAAUGACCAGGUGAUGAACAUGUAUGGAGACCUGGUCAUGGACACAGUCCCUGAAAAGGUGCAUUUCUUCAACAGUUUCUUCUAUGAUAAACUUCGUACCAAGGGUUAUGAUGGGGUGAAAAGGUGGACCAAAAAUGUGGACAUCUUCAAUAAGGAGCUACUGCUAAUCCCCAUCCACCUGGAGGUGCAUUGGUCCCUCAUCUCUGUUGAUGUGAGGCGACGCACCAUCACCUAUUUUGACUCGCAGCGCACUCUAAACCGCCGCUGCCCUAAGCAUAUUGCCAAGUAUCUACAGGCAGAGGCAGUGAAAAAAGACCGGCUGGAUUUCCACCAAGGUUGGAAAGGUUACUUUAAAAUGAACGUGGCCAGGCAGAACAAUGACAGUGAUUGUGGCGCCUUUGUGUUGCAGUACUGCAAGCACCUGGCCCUGUCUCAGCCAUUCAGCUUCACCCAGCAGGACAUGCCCAAACUUCGUCGGCAGAUCUACAAGGAGCUGUGUCACUGCAAACUCACUGUGUGAGCCUCGUAUCCCAGGCCUCAAGCCCAUUCGUUAAUGGGCAGGGGACAUGGGAGAGACCCUUCUUUCCCAAGAAACUCCAGUGUCCUUUCCUUUUGCCUCUCCCUACCCAAUUCCCUUUGGUUUUUCAUAUUUAAAUGUUUUAAUUGAUUUCUGUAUUUUUUUUUUCUUUGAGAGAAUACUUGUUGAUUUCUGAUGUUCAGGGGGUAGCCGUGGAAAAGCCCCUUUUUCCCUCUGCAGGGGAGUAUGGCCUUUGCGACCUGCGUGGGGCAGUGACCCCCUUCCAUGUAUGUGGGCGGUGGCUAGGAAAAUCUGUGCUGAGGGUGGUGGGCGGGCUACAGGAUUACUGCCUGCCAGGUCUUCAAACUUUUUUUAUAUAUAUAAAUGCCACGGUCCUGCUCUGGUCAAUAAAGGAUCCUUUGGAGAUACAUAGUGGUGGUGU